AUUCGUGUCUUUUUUGUUUGUCCUUGUUUUGUCAUUGUCUGAGAAGAUUCGCUCGAAUUUGGUUUUUGCAAUUCUCAGUCGUCUCUUUUUCUAUCUUUUUCUCGUUCGCUCGAUUCCUCUCUCUCUCUGUCUGUCCAUUAACUCUACCAAUCUCGAAUUGAAACACAAGGCUGCCGUCAAUGGAUGGCCGCAGUUCAGCGCAGUGGGGACGACGGCACAAGCAGCCGCAAGCCAGCAGCCUUGUCCCAGCGCUCGUGCUUGCGAUUGCGCUCACCGCUGCACUGGUCGCCUACGCUUGGCUUGGCGUGUCGUCAUCCGUGCCAUCAGCUUACAUGGACGAAAUAUUCCACAUCCCACAGGCAAAAAAGUACUGCCAAGGACGAUUCACCGAAUGGGAUCCAAUGAUCACCACCUUGCCAGGAUUAUAUCUAGCGUCGUACAUCUUGCUUGCACCGUGGAUUGCCAUCGUUGGAGCGGACGCUGCUUGCACUGUCGCCAGUUUACGCGCGGUCAAUCUGUUCUUUGCCUUGGCGAAUGGCGCGCUGAUUUUUCUUUGCUUGAGACUCGCAUCGCAAGCACGUCAUGCACUGGUGCCACGAGCAAUCCAACUAGCUCGAACGGGUGACAAGGAGAGCGACGACGAAGACGAGCCAAGCACACCGUCGUCCUCCAGCCUCCACGUCAGUUCCGAGCAUUCAUCGGCAAGUUCUCAUGCCGACCCGACUCGGAGGAGAUUCUUGGCGAUUCAGACUCUCGGCAUAUCGCUCUUCCCGCUGCUCUUCUUUUUCGAUUUUCUGUAUUAUACGGAUGGCGGCUCAUUGUGCUUUGUGCUGCUGUGCUACGCACUUGCUCUCCGAGAAUCCUCGCUGUCCUCUGCUCUGGCCGGCGCUUGUGCCGUGCUCCUCCGACAAUCCAAUAUUGUCUGGGUUGCCUUUGCGGCGGCAGUCAUGCUUGCACAGAGAGUUGCUGUAAACGUACCACGCCGUGCCUACUCUGAAUCGCCCAUCGCUGUCACUCAAGCUGCCGUUCGUGUCGUUCGAGCCAACCUGAAAGUAUACAUUCGCUUGAGCCUGCCCUAUGUGCUCGUGGGCUUGCUCUUUCUUGCAUUUAUCGUCUGGAAUGGGAGUAUUGUGGUUGGCGAUAAAACCCAUCACCAAUCUCGUGUCCACGCCGUGCAAGUAUUCUACUUUGCCUUGUUUGCGCUGGUGUUCUCCUGGCCUGUCUUGCUGCAGUUUUCGCUGCUCGAUGCACGCCAACUUGUUCGUCGGUGGCAGCACGAUUCGAUGCUCCGCCAUUUCCUCCGAGUGACCCUUGUUCUUGGAGCUUGUGUUGCUGGACUAUGGACUGUGCACCAUUUCACAUUUGCCCACGACUAUCUACUCUCUGACAAUCGUCACUAUACGUUCUACAUCUGGAGGCGAUGGUACAUGCGCUACGAGUGGGGCAAGUACUUGCUCGUACCCGCGUACCUUGCAGCAUUCUGGUUUAUGUGGCGAAGACUGCGAAAUGAUGGAAACUCGCUCGUUUGGAUUGCACUCUGGGCUGGAGCCACCUCCCUGACCAUCGUACCCGCACCACUCAUCGAGUUCCGCUAUUUCGUAGUGCCAUUUAUGCUCUAUCGACUGCACCUUCGGCCGACGCUACAGGAGGCAGUGAUGGAGGUGUUGUUUUUUGCACUCGUUAACGCCAUUACCCUAUAUCUCUUUUUAUCUCGUUCGUUCGAGUGGCCCAGCGAGCCCGGUGUUCCUCAGCGCUUUAUGUGGUAGUCCUUGAUUUUACAUUACUAUGUAUAUUUUAGUCACGCUGCGCAAGUCUAAAUUCC